AUGGCUCCGAAAACAGGUAGUCCCUACAGAGUGAGCAAGCCACAGGUGAACGUAUUGGAUGGGAAACAUAUUAGUGCUAAGAAGGCGGCAAGUUAUCUACAUUCUGUUCGUCAACAGCAACAUCAAUUAAAGGGUCCACCCACUAUCACGUCUCUGACAACUGGCACCGGUGGUGCUCCAGCCACACAAGAGCCAUCAUGGAACCCGAAACAUUUCCGUUUAUUUGUUGGCAAUUUGGGCCCUGAUGCCACUAAUGAUCUUUUACGUGGUGCAUUUGGUAAGUACACAAGCAUGAGUAAUGUGCAUGUUCCCAUGGACAAGCAUACAAAGAAGCCCAAGGGAUAUGGCUUCGUUGCGUUUGCUAAUGCCGAUGACUACCUACAAGCUUUUAAGGAUAUGGAUGGAAAGUAUAUUGGACAAUUCCCUGUCCAAUUGAAACGUGCUGAGUCAAGUGUUCCAAAGAAACACAAAAGUAAGGGCAGAAGGUGA